AUGUUACUGAGCGGAGCUCCUCCGGCUGGCUCCCGCCCCGGGCCGCGGGCGCAGGGGAGUGCCGGGGGCGGCCCGGGGGGGUCUCGCCGGGGCACCGGGGGUGCGGGAGCCGGCCCAGGAGGAGGCGGCAGCGGUGGAGUAGCCAAGUGGCUUCGGGAGCACCUGGGCUUCCGCGGUGGGGGCGGCGGCGGAGCGGGCAGCAAGCCGACGCCCCCGGAGCCCGACUACCGCGCCCCCGCGCCCUCCCCGGCAGCGCCCCCCGCGCCGCCCCCAGACAUCCUGGCCGCCUACAGGCUGCAGCGGGAGCGCGACUUCGAAGACCCCUACUCCGGGGGGUCGUCCGGCUCCUCAGCCCUCGCCACCCCUGCCGCCCCCGGCCCCACGCCGCCCCCGCGCCACGGCUCGCCCCCCCACCGCCUUAUUCGGGUCGAGACCCCUGGGCCCCCGGCGCCCCCUGCCGACGAGCGGAUCUCCGGACCCCCGGCCAGUAGCGACAGGUUGGCAAUCCUAGAAGACUAUGCGGACCCAUUUGAUGUUCAGGAGUCUGGUGAAGGCUCAUCAGGAGCUUCAGGAGUCCCAGAGAAGGUCUCUGAAAAUGACGGCUACAUGGAGCCCUAUGAGGCUCAAAAGAUGAUGGCUGAGAUCCGGGGCUCCAAAGAGACAGCAGCCCAGCCCUUGCCUCUGUACGACACACCCUAUGAGCCAGAGGAGGAGGGGGCCACCCCAGAGGGUGAGGGGGCCCCCUGGCCCCGGGAGUCCCGCCUGCCAGAAGAUGAUGAGAGGCCCCCUGAGGAGUAUGACCAGCCCUGGGAGUGGAAGAAGGAGCGCAUUUCCAAAGCCUUUGCAGUUGACAUUAAGGUCAUCAAAGACCUACCUUGGCCUCCGCCCGUGGGACAGCUGGACAGCAGCCCCUCCCUGCCUGAUGGGGACAGGGACAUCUCCGGUCCAGCCUCACCCCUCCCUGAGCCCAGCCUGGAGGACAGCAGCGCCCAGUUUGAAGGAUCCGAGAAGAGCUGCCUGUCACCUGGCCGGGAGGAGAAGGAGCGGCUACCUCCCAGACUCUCUGCAGGGAACCCUAAGUCAGCCAAGCCCCUAAGCAUGGAGCCCAGCAGCCCUCUGGGGGAGUGGACAGAUCCAGCACUGCCUCUGGAAAACCAGCUGGUAUCAUGGGGCCAUCAGCCGAACAGACGCCGAGAACCUGCUUCGGCUGUGCAAAGAGGCCAGCUACCUGGUGCGCAACAGCGAGACCAGCAAGAAUGACUUCUCCCUCUCUCUCAAGAGCAGUCAGGGCUUCAUGCACAUGAAGCUGUCCCGGACCAAGGAACACAAAUACGUGCUGGGCCAGAACAGCCCGCCCUUCAGCAGUGUCCCAGAAAUUGUGCACCACUAUGCCAGCCGCAAGCUGCCCAUUAAGGGGGCUGAACACAUGUCCCUGCUCUACCCCGUGGCCAUCCGGACUCUUUAGAUGUGAAGCCAGGGCACUGUGAUAGACCUGGACCCAGCCCUGUGCCGGUCACCUAGCUGAGGGCUGUGGUUCUUCGCAGGGACAAACCUUUCUUGCCCUUUCUCUCAAACCUUUCUUCCCCUUUCCCAGGGAUCGAAUAGAAGCUGGAGAUUCCUUAAUUUAUUCUAAAGGGGAAGGGCUUCUGGGGCCUUGGAGUUACCCUGGAGAGAAAGGAGAGCCCCUGGGGAGUUUAAGAUUGGCAGCUCCAUCCUCUUUCCAACCCCAAGGCGGAGGCAACGACCUCCUUGACCACCCUCUCCCUGCUGGGUCGGUGAGGUGUGGGGCAGGACGCGGCCCUGCGGGGCGCCCUGACCUUCUCUCUGCCUCCAUCCCCGCCCUCCACCCCCAAACCACCGGAGGGCUCCGCCCAGAGUCUGGCAGACCCCUGGGAUGGAGACGGCCCUGGCGGGUGGAGAGAGCAGGGGAAGAAGGGUUCGGGCCGAGGGAACUGUGCAGUCCCCAGGCCGCCCGGCUCCGGGCCAGAGGCAAUAAAUAAACCCAAUCCUGCCGGGCACUGCAGCGUCCGCGCCUCGGGCGCCGCCCCCAGACUGACGGGGGAGGGAGCGGCGAAGCGAGCACAGAUUCUGUUUAUAAAUCAGCUCCGGAGCAGACACAGGCCGCCUGUGA